UCUCUGGCAAAUAUGUUGAUAUUUGAUAAUAUUUUGUUAUUAGCAGUAAUAUUUUUUUCUCUAGAUAAUGAAACACAAGCCAAUCUCCAGAAAAAUUUGAAAUAUUUUGAAAAAAUACAUGCUAAUGACCUGAUACAUAAUGUUGUGAAAAAAGGUUUGAAAGAAACUAACCAUCCAUUCAAUAAAAUUCGCGAAGUUCAUGUUAAUACUCAUGGAAAAAAAUUUCGCUUGAUCUUAAGUCCAAAACAAGAGAUAUUGCACUCUAAAUUCAAAGCUUAUGAAGUAGAUGGAAGUGGAAAGGAAAAGACUGUCCGUAUAGAUACUCAAUCAUUUUAUGAGGGAAGAGUGUUUGGAGAAAGACAAUCGCAUGUUAAAAUGCAUAUUGAUGAUGGAAUUCUAACAGGCACUAUACAUUUACCAGACGAAGAGGAAGUUUAUCACAUAGAGCCUUUGUGGCGCCAUGAACAAGAUUCUGACAACAGAUCAAUGAUUGCUUAUAAACAAUCUGAUGUGAACUAUAGUUGGAAUCAUCCUUCAAUUGAAUUUCCUAAAGGUCCAAGAAUGUGCGGUUAUGUUAAGGAAGGUUCAAUAACGGAUAGAGGAGAGGAGUUGCAAGAAUAUAAACUUCGCCAAAAGCGUCAAAUUGAUGGUUAUGAGUACACUCCUAGAAAAACUAGAUGUCCCCUCUUAUUGGUUGCAGACUAUAGAUUUUUUCAGGAAAUGGGUGGUAGUAACACUAAAACAACAAUAAAUUAUUUGAUAAGUCUUAUUGAUCGUGUCCAUAAAAUUUAUAAUGAUACGAUUUGGCAAGAUCGCCAGGAAGUUGAUGGAUUUAAGGGCAUGGGAUUUGUUAUCAAGAAGAUAGUAGUUCACAGUGAGCCUACCAGAACUAAGGCAGGUGAGGCUCACUACAAUAUGGUUCGAGAUAAAUGGGAUGUGAGAAAUUUGCUAGAGGUCUUCAGUAGAGAAUUCACCCAUAAGGAUUUUUGUCUGGCACAUCUUUUUACUGAUUUGAAAUUCGAAGGUGGAAUUCUGGGUUUGGCUUAUGUUGGUUCACCACGAAGGAAUUCCGUGGGUGGUAUUUGCACCCCAGAAUAUUUCAAAAACGGCUACACGCUCUAUUUGAAUUCUGGACUCAGCUCGAGUAGAAAUCACUAUGGUCAAAGAGUUAUUACAAGAGAAGCAGAUCUAGUAACAGCACAUGAGUUUGGUCAUAACUGGGGUUCUGAACAUGAUCCAGACAUACCAGAAUGUUCUCCGAGUGCCAGCCAAGGUGGUUCCUAUCUGAUGUACACUUAUUCAGUCAGUGGCUAUGAUGUGAAUAAUAAGAAAUUUUCCCCAUGCAGCUUGAGAUCUAUUAGGAAAGUGCUGCAGGCAAAAUCAGGAAAGUGUUUCUCGGAACCCGAAGAAAGCUUUUGUGGCAAUUUGAGAGUGGAAGGAGAUGAAGAAUGUGAUGCUGGAUUAUUAGGAACAGAGGAUAAUGACCAAUGUUGUGAUAAGGACUGUAAACUCAGACCACGAGCUGUGUGUAGUGAUAAAAAUUCGCCAUGCUGUCAGCAUUGCCAGUUUAUGAGAGCUGGUGCGAAAUGUAGGGAAGCCCAAUAUGCGACUUGUGAACAAGAGUCUCUUUGUACAGGACACCAAGCAGAGUGUCCAAAAAGCCCCCCUAUGGCAGAUAAUACCGAUUGUCAAGAAAGAGGAAAAUGCAAAGAUGGUAAAUGCAUUCCUUAUUGUGAAACCCAAGGGUUGCAAAGUUGUAUGUGCGAUAUCAUUGAAAAUGCCUGUAAGAGGUGUUGCCGCUCCAAUAUUAACGAAACAUGCACUCCAAUUGAUGGCGCAGAUAUUUUGGCAGAUGGUUCACCGUGUAUCCAAGGAUUUUGUAAUAAUGGUCACUGCGAAAAAACGAUUCAAGAUGUAGUAGAGAGGUUCUGGGACAUCAUUGAAGAUAUCAAUAUAAAUAAAGUGCUUCUUUUUCUCAGAGACAAUAUUAUAGGCACGACGGUUCUGAUAUCUGCAAUUUUAUGGAUUCCAGCUGGAUGCAUUAUUAAUUUUUUUGAUAGGAGAAAAAAAAGAGAAAGAGUAGAACGAUGGGAGUGGCGAACAAGCGAAGACUUCCUUCACCCCAAUGAAGUGGAGAGAAUUAUUCAUUUGACUUUGAGGAAAUAACACUGUAUUGUGGGUGACUCAAUUCGAAUAGUAAUAAAACUUUGUUAUAUUAUAUAAGGAAGAAAUAAGACAGAAUCUUUCUUCUAUUGUUUAGAAUAUUUCAGAAGUGUUCGGAGCUCUCGCACCUUCAAAAUCUAAGCUAACAUCUGCUGCUGCUAUCCUUGGAGAAACGGCCGGACUGGGUCGAAGUACAUUUAUUUCAUGACAACGUGUGGCAUUUUGAAAUAUCGACAUGACUGUCAUGAACUAAAUUUAAAAUAUAAGUUCCUGCGGAAUCAAGUGGUAUAAUCUUAUUUACUUAUUUUCAUGAAAGGAAAGUCCCGACUCAAAGUAAAUUUCGUUUCUUAACUUAUAAUAGUCUCUGGAAUCGAUACUGACAUUGUUCUCCGGCCAACCGUUAACAUAAUGUUUCUCUAAUAAACGAAGAAUUUUGUCA